CAAGGCCUGGUUCUCAUCUCACCAAGGGUCAUUGUGUACUAUGCAUUCGACCAUGGACAAGCCAGAUUACGAAAAUCUCGAGGUGAUACAGAGGAAUAGGCUUCCUGCCAGAGCCUACUGGCUACCUUCUACGCAUCUGCUGCUCAAUGGAACCUGGGAUUUCCAAUAUUCCCCAACGCCCUUGGAAGCUUCGGAAUGUCCCCCAAAGGAUGAGAGAUCUGAAGAGACUUGGUCCCCGAUCAAUGUUCCCGGUCAUUGGCAAUUGCAAGGACAUGGCCACCCUCACUACACCAAUGUCCAAUUUCCGUUUCCGUCAAACCCUCCUUACAUACCAACUGAGAACCCCACAGGGACCUAUCGACGUCACUUCAAAAUUCCUACUGAAUGGGACAGCACAUCUCAGCUCAGACUGCGGUUUGAUGGUGUUGACAGCGCGUAUCACGUCUGGCUGAAUGGCUCUUUUGUCGGAUAUUCGCAAGGGAGUCGCAAUGCUGCCGAGUUCGACAUCACAGACAUCGCCAAGAAGGAUGGUGACAACGAAUUGAUAGUGAGAGUCUAUCAAUGGUGCGAGGCGUCAUACAUCGAAGACCAAGACCAGUGGUGGCUGUCAGGUAUCUUCCGCGAUGUGACUUUGCUGGCACUCCCUGGAAAAUCGAGAAUUGAAGACUUCUUUGUCAAGACAAACCUUGAUGAGAACUAUGAAAAUGCUGUUCUCCAAGUCGAUGUCACCCUGAAUAAGCUUGAAACAUCAUCGCUUGAUAUUGUGCUCAUUCUUCGAGAUGCUGGUGUCGAAGUGACCUCAACACGCAAGACAGUUGAUGCCAGCAAGACGAAUUUCGAAGUGCCUGUUUCGAGCCCAAAGAAGUGGACUGCUGAAAGCCCUUACCUCUACCAGCUCGAGAUCUCUCUCGAGACACAAGGAGGAGAGUCAAUUCAGACUAUUACGCAGAAAGUUGGCUUCCGCAAGGUCGAACUGAAAGACGGUCUCAUCACUGUCAACGGCUCAACGAUCCUUCUUCGGGGCACGAACAGACAUGACCACCAUCCAAUCCACGGAAGGGCUGUCCCAUAUGAAUUUCUCAAACAAGAUCUGUUGCUCAUGAAACAGCACAACAUCAAUGCCCUCCGAACAAGUCAUUAUCCUGGCCAACCCUGGCUGUACGACUUGGCUGACGAGUUGGGAUUCUGGGUCAUGGACGAGGCUGACCUGGAGUGUCAUGGGUUCUAUGAUGUUGUCACCCAGCACGUCACGCCUGCGCCAUAUCUGGAUUAUGAAGGAAGCAAGGAGGAGUUCUUCCCUAAGGCAGCGCAGUUCACCUCAGAUAAUCCCGAAUGGCGCGAGUCCUACCUCGAUAGGAUGGUCCAGAUGGUACAGAGGGACAAGAACCAUCCUUGCAUCUUUUCAUGGUCUCUUGGUAACGAGUCUUUCUACGGUGUCAACCACGUCGCAAUGAUUGAGUAUGCACGAAGUAUCGACGACCGACUUAUUCACUACGAAGGCGACAUCAAAGCACAAGAAACUGAUAUGUACUCUUACAUGUAUCCUGACCAAGAUCGACUCAAGAGACAUGUCGAGAUCGACGGCAUCAAGGACGGGCAGUGGGAGAAGCCCGUGAUUCUUUGCGAAUACGCUCACGCCAUGGGUAAUGGCCCGGGCGGUCUGGAUGACUACCAAGAUGCAUUCCGCAAGUAUAAACGUCUUCAGGGUGGUUUCAUCUGGGAGUGGGCGAAUCACGGUCUCUUGCACAAGGAUGGCUAUUAUGCUUAUGGAGGUGACUUUGGUGACCAGCCCAACGAUUCCACCUUUGUCAUGGAUGGUCUCUGUAAUAGCGAGCACAAACCGACGCCAGGCCUGAUUGAGCUGAAGAGAGUGUUCCAGCCCAUCAACUUCAAGUUUGAAGAGGGCAAGGUGUUUAUCACAAAUGAGUAUGACUUUAUCAGCCUUGACCAUUUGGAGGCGAAGUAUGCCAUCAAGGCGUAUGGCGACAAGCCCUCCUUGCUUGAGUCGGGCACUCUCGAAGUUCCAAGCGUCCGACCCUGGGAUACUGUAGAGCUUGCUCUCCCCGCCGACCUGACUAAGUACUCGGGUCACGACGAAGAAGUGUUUUUGAGUCUCUCCUUUACCCUCAAAGAAUCUACCUCUUGGGCACCAGCUUCACAUGAAGUAGCAUGGUUCCAGCACAAGAUCUCCGCCGACAGAAAACCCAGUAUCCCAGCCAGUCUGUCAGCUUCCGGAAGUGUCAAGGUCGCCGAAACCCGAACCAAGGUGGAGGUGGCUGGCUCGGACUGGGAGAUUCAUUUUGAUCGCGUGCGAGGCUACGUGACCAAGUGGUCUCACGGAUCGGAUCUGCUGGAAGCUGAUCCAGCCACUCGUGCAGCAAUUUAUCCAUGCUUUUGGCGCGCACCGACAGACAACGAUAAAGACAGCGCUGUCAGCGUUUGGAAGGACUACGGUGUUCAUCGAAUGACUUCUCAGUUGAGAUCAUUCAAGGUUGAGAAUGGGGUUGAUGGCUCUGGUGUCAGUAUCGAGACCAGGACAUACUUCGCCCCUCCAGUUUUGGGAUGGGGAUAUGACAUUCACACCGUCUACCACAUAUCCUCCAAGGGCGCAUUAUCGAUAAAGCUGGACCUCAAUCCUAAGGGAGUCUUCCCAGUUGACGUCCCUCGGGUUGGCUUAAACAUCAGAUUGCCCAAGAGUCUUAGUCAAGCCUCGUGGUUCGGUCGAGGUCCAGGCGAGUCUUAUCCCGAUAAGAAGCACUCACAAGCCAUUGGAAUUUGGUCUUCGCCUGUAGAUGACCUUGAAGUUCCAUAUGAUGUGCCCCAAGGCAAUGGAAACAGAAUGGAUACUCGUUGGGUGCGACUUGUAAAUGUCGACGGUCACGGAAUCAGAGCUUCAAGGGUCGAUGCCGCAACCUUCAACUGGACUAGCGGGCGUCUGUCAGAUCAGACUAUAGAGAACGCAAAGCAUCCUUGCGACCUUGUUCGCGAAGAUGCUACGCUUCUUAACCUCAGUCCAAGGGUCGCUGGUGUUGGUAGCGCGACAUGUGGACCUGGUGUGAGGGACGAUUUGUUGGUCAAGGUUAAGCCCGAGUCAUACGGAUUUGUACUAGAAAGUAUUUAAAUUGAAUCAACAAAGAACAAGUUCACAAUUAUUACCCUUA